UGUUUUUUACAGAAUGCCACCGACAGUUCUUCUAAUUCUUCUCAGAAAAGAGAGCAGCCUUUACGAACACUAGCAUCUUCUCCACCCUUUGAGCAUCACCGAAUUUGCACCCGUGGCCACUUUCCUGAACAGUUUAGCCCUGAACAUUACCAUCAAGAACAAUCAAUUUUGCGAUCAUGUCGGCACGUCAGCUUCCCCGAUGAUGAUGAGGAGAUUGUACGGAUUAAUCCACGGGAAAAGAACUGGGUGACAGGUUAUGAGGACUACCGUCAUACCCCUGUGCGGGGGAAGUACAUUGAUCCCGAUGAUGGGGACUCCUAUGUGCGGUUUGCCAAAACGGAGGCCUCGAAACAUGACUACAAUUACCCUUACGUUGGUAAUGCUGAUUUCGAUCGAGGGGACGAUAUUAAGGGUGCCGUGAUAAAAACUCAGCCGGCUGGGUGUAAAAAGCGGCGGCGAAAAGAAGAUGGGGAGAGGUCACGGUGCGUCUACUGCAGGGACAUCUUCAACCACGAGGAAAACCGGCGGGGUCAGUGCCAGGAUGCUCCAGACAGAGUCCAAAGCUGUAUCCGCCGAAUCAGCUGCAUGUGGUGUGCAGACAGUAUGCUGUACCACUGCAUGUCUGAUCCAGAAGGAGACUAUACAGACCCUUGCUCCUGUGACACCAGCGACGAGAAGUUCUGCCUCCGGUGGUUGGCCCUAAUCGCCUUGUCCUUUCUGGCCCCUUGUAUGUGCUGUUACUUGCCCCUCCGGGCUUGCUACCACUGUGGGGUUAUGUGCAGGUGCUGUGGUGGGAAACACAAAGCAGCUGGAUGACAACGCUCCAAGCUGGUGAAGGCCUUUUUUCUUCCCCUUCUUGGUCUGGAGCAUUCUCAGAGUUUAUGCCCAUCUGAGCCAGCCUUGGGAGCCUGUUGGAAUCUAGGAACCAGACGGCUCCUUCUUUUUCCCUCCCACUUGGCUGCUAUGCAUUGAUUGCUCCCGGAGUUCUAACAGACUAAUGUACAACAUAGACUUUUGUAUUAUUGAUCUGUCAUCCAGCAGAAGGUCUUCUGUGUGGUCAUUCCUUCCCUCCUGCAAGGAAGAGAUUGAGGUGGGAAAGGUUGAAUGGGAUGGAAUUCGGAACAGCUCACAGGGGUAACCUAUAUUCAGCAAGCUUGUGGCACCUGUGAGAGUAUGGUACAAUGGAGUGAAAUCCCACUUUGGAUUGUGAUCACCUUGCAGUCAGUUAGAGGGUAUGGAUUUGUGUGUAUACAGAAGGUGUGUGCGGGUAACAAUUGUGCACCAUGGUAUUGUAGGGCUGACAAUCACACAAGCUACAGUUCCUGAAAAGUUCCAUCAUGGUUUUUGGUAGUCUUCUGGGAUGAUUUCUCUAUUCUGCAAGGAUGCAAGUGAAUUUUCUGAUUUUUGAGGGUUCAGCUAAAACGUGGGAAAUGAGCCUUAGUAUUACCUGUAUAAUAUGUGAGAAAUCUGAGAACUCCUGUGAUUUCAGACCAAUUUUUAUACACAAAAUGAAAACUUUAUAAAUAAAUCUCUCCUCUUCCUCUUUCCCCCAGCCACCGUCGCCUUUCUCUUCCAAAUAACAGUGGAAAUAUUAGCUUUGCAUUGAUGUUCUUCCCAAUGAAAACAGUCUUUAUGCUGUGGUGUUCCUAUCUGAGGCAAAGGGGGAUUUUGCAUGUUUUGAAAUUGGCACGUACACCCAUGCACUUGUGUACGUUGAAAGGAAAAAGAGGGAAUGUUGCUUUUAAACGUGGUCAGUAUGCUAAAGAUAAAGGAAAGGAUCCUCCUCCAUUUCCCCUUUUUGGAAUCCAGGGUGGGAGUGUGUCCGGAAUUAAUCUGAGGUUUUACGCUUUCCAGGGGGUUCCAGACUAAUCCAGAAAUAUAGGGAAGCCUCGGCUACAAGGCAUUUCAUUGGCCAGUGUCUUUGCCUUGAAGGCCUUUGAACCUAUGAGGGUGCUUUGAACAUUUUCUAUCAUGGAGGAAGAGACAGGACUGCCUGCUCCUGGGCUUGUUGGAUGUGGGUGUAGAUCUAACACAGCCAGAGGGCUCAAGGUCACUGCUGCCACAGCAUUUGACAAUCACUUAGAUGUAGGCAGGAACAUGGCUUCUUUUAAGCAUUCAGUUUCUUUCAAUGGAAAUGCAUUUAUUUCUUUUUUCUUUAAAGAAAAGCCUAAGAGGACAUGACACAUAUUGUCCCAGUCAUGAAUCCAGAGAUGCCUGGUGAAGCUUACUAAGGUAGUUAGUUUUAUUGGAGUUUCCCCAGAGAUGUUGCAGAGGUGGGAAGGGGAGAAUUAAAAGAAGCAUUUACUCAUGCUUUUAGUACCAAUGCACGCUCCAGCCUCUGCCCCUUUUCUUCAUCUACAUGCAUGCCUUUGUCCUUAGGUGAAAUUGACUAACUGAGAAAGGUUGCCCCAUCCAGGCAGCAUGUAUCUUCCAUUCCUCAAGUUCCUGGAUCUGCAGAGUAGCUAUACUGUGAACGUGAAUAAUUCCUAGUGGAGUUGGGUCAAUGUUACUACUUCCUCUGUUUCCAGUUCAGUGACAUCAUACACAGAGAGGAAGCAAAAAAUAUUGAGGCAAAGUUGCCCCAUGGUGUUUACAGGGUUCUCUGUCAUUGGCCUGAACCAACACCCCACCCCCACCCCCAGCUAUCUGCCGUGCAGGCAACAGGAUCAACCUGCAGUUGGCAUAAGACCAUGUUGCUCUUCACUCUCAAAUGCACUGAACCAGCAUAUUUGGUAUCUGCAGAGAACCAGAGCAAAUAAUCCUUGGAUCAGAGUUGGAUGAACCCUAGGCCCUCUUACCCUCCUGCCGUGAAAGUACAGUAGAUACUAGGACCCUUCAAAUACUUUACUAGCCCUUCAUAUCAGAAAGGUGGGUCCUGCUGGAAUCACUAGGCAGCCCAACACUUGCAAGCAGUGAAUUUGAAUAUAACCUGAUAGCGCAUAAAGCGUGCAUGCGUUGCAGAACCUGUAUCAGACCUGCUUCUUUGGUUUCUAAGUUGUAAAAUACAGCACGGUGAAGCGAUACCUUAAUUUUGUGAGGUUUUGACUUUCGUUUUCUUUAAAGCCAUGUCUUGUGUACAAGGCUUGUAAUAAGCUGGGGAAAUAAUAUUUUUCUAAUAUAUGAUGUGGAAAUAGCAAAGGUUUUAUUCAAAGGAAUAAAGUGUAGAACAGUUUAGCUAUAAUAUAGCAUAGUACAGUCUGAAUAUUCUGAGGCAGCUAGGCACUGGCUUGUGAGAACAGGCACUGCUGCUCGUGCUUUGGGCAGCCGACUGCCGGGGCAUGUGUGACCUUGCCCCCUCCCACCUCUUCUAUUGCACAUUGAAAGAAGUCUUAAUUAAACGAAAAGGAAAUGGCUUUUCAUUUUUGCCAAAUAGCAGCAACGAAGAGUGAGCACGCUUGCAUUGUUCCAUGCAAAACAGGCCAGCAGCUCCUUCCAGGAGUGUUGUUGCUUUGAUCUCAUUUCAUUGCAUAUGCAACAACAGUCUGUGAUGUUAUGGCCAAAUCCUGCAGCCAGAGCACCCCUGGUUCUACUCAGGCAUUGAUUUCACGAUCAGAGGACAUUUCCCCCUUUUGCAGCCCUCUGCUCUGGGCACGACGUAGAAUGCAUUGGACCAAUCCAGAAAGACUUGGGCUGGGAUCCAGCACCCUUGCAGUGAACAACCCUCAUGAAUCCAACCUCCAUCCCAACUUUUUGCCAUAUAACAAGCCACUCUUAAAACUCAGGGCACCUCAGGAGAAGUCUUGGGGAAAGGCCACACUGGCUUGCAGGUGUCAGUGUAGAAACCAACCUAAGAUCUUGAGUCAGCUUCUCCUUGCAUUGCAGGACCUGCUGGAACAUACCCCUAUGUUCCCAUGCUGCCUGAGCCUUGUUCCAAGCUCCUGGCUCCUGCUAAAGCCCCUCCCCAUGCCAAUAUGGCUGUCCUUUUUGGGAAGGAGCUGCUCUUUCCCCUGGGGGUUUCUUGUGUCACCUUUGCAGCUGAGAGUACUUGGCUGUAAACUUUCUGUCACAAAGGUAAAGCGAGGACAGUGCAAACGCAGAUCUUUGACGUAUUAUGCAGAACAGUGAUACUGGGAUUGGGGCAAUUGGUUUUAGUUCUUCAUUUUAUUGUGAACCACCUAAUUUUGCAUUUUCAAACUAUACAUGAAAUGAAAUUCACUUAUCUUUUGAAAUGUGCACUCAUGUGAAUGUUGGGUUGCAAUUCUCCAAACAAAACAAUGAGGGAUCAGGUAUCAGGAGAAAGGCGACCAAAAAGAAUUAGUGUGUAGAAUUGCCUUCUGCUGGGAAAUAUGCUUACCAUUUAGCACAAAAAUGGUACAAAUAUUCACCUAAAGUUUGUACGUAUUUAAAAAGAUCAAUACAAAAAUGGGAUAAGCCAAGUUUAAGGCUUGGAAAAAUUAGAAAUUGAAAUUAACUUCUACCCUUGACCGAGGGUAGAAGUCUGAACUGGAUCACUUCAUCCUUCACUUGCCCAGGGAACCAUGUAAUACUGUUCUUUUUUUUUUAGCAGAUCAGUGAGAUUUGACAUAAUCCUCUCCUUGAAGGACUAGUUUACUAUACGUCAAGUAUUUAAAACACAAUUCCUCAAUUGCAGCCUGCAGUUCUAUGUAACAUGUAAGUCAAUUGGCUCUAAGAUCUCCAUUGUUCAUGUUUCAAAUUCCAAAUUUGGGAUUUGUCUGUAAUAUAUAGACAACAUAUAUAGUAUAAAUGAAAAUAUUGCUGUUAAAUUUCCUUUUGUGGAAAAGUGCUAAACGGUAAGGGAAGCUCUUCACUUUAUUUUAGUAUUAUUUUUUUAACUCGGGGGAAAUUCAUGGGGAAAAUGCAUAUUUUUGUGCCUGACAGCAAAUGACAAAUCUCUAAAGGGUGACUAGAAAACAUCAAGCCAGCCUCAAAAUAAAAUAAUGGAACAACUUUAUUAUCAUAGUGAUUAUUGCAAAGUUGUCCCAUUCUCCCAAAUUUCUGUAAGGUCUUUUUCCUCUACAAAGCACAACACUACAGAAGAGAUCUUAAGGAUUGUCAAGCUUCUCCAUUUAAGUGCCCCUAUUUAUUUUGCUAAAGCAGCUAAAACUCUCCAACUUCCUACCUGCCUUUUCUGUAAAUUCCCUCUUCCCACCUCUACCUUGGCUUUGUUUGAAUCCUUGGCACUUUGUUUCACGUUCCUUCUUUCUCCCUGUGUGUUGGAGCAAGAGGAUUGUUUUGGGAAGGAGGCUUCAAGAGGGGCACAAGAGCAGAAACGGGGGAACGGGGGGUGUAAAUAUUUCCCCUUGAUCUCCACACCGCAGCUGAUCAGUGUGUGGUGUCUUCUUCCUCUCAGCUUUUCAGUACUGACAGUAAUCAUCUGAGAAAUUAUUCAGAUUUUAUUUUUGUAUCUGUGGUAACAAUCCAUUAACGAAAAGAUGUUUCUUUUUCCUCGGUUGUGAUUUUUUUCAAGCUAUUGCUCAUGUUAACAGAUUUAAGUGCCUGAAGCAACCUUCCAUUAUGUAUCUGUAUACUAAAAGUUAAAAACUCAGUUGUAUUGAUUUUUAUAAGCCUUUUUACCUCUGUGUAAAGAAUAUAUAUACAAGUGUAUGAUGUACAUUUUAGUUCUUAACUUCUUUUUUAUUGUUUCUAAUAAGUAUGAUCAUUGUAGCUAUUGCUUUAAAAAUGUACCUUGUAAAUAUAAAUACAUCAUAUAAAAACAA